AUGGAUGAAGAGUACGACGUCAUCGUUCUUGGAACGGGAUUGACUGAAUGCAUUCUGUCUGGACUGCUGUCAGUGGAGGGAAAGAAGGUCCUUCAUAUGGAUCGCAAUGAUUACUAUGGAGGUGAUAGUGCUAGCUUGAAUCUGACACAGCUCUAUCGGAAGUUCAGAGAGGAUCAAGCUCCGCCGGCCGACCUUGGGCGCGAUCGUGACUACGCCGUGGAUCUCGUCCCGAAAUUCAUCAUCGCAUCUGGAGAGCUGACGAAGAUCCUCGUCCACACGGAUGUUACCCGCUACUUGGAAUUCAAGCAAAUCGCUGGUAGUUUUGUAUACCGCGAUGGCAAGAUCUCCAAGGUUCCAAGCACGGAGAUGGAAGCUGUCCGAAGUCCCCUCAUGGGUUUGUUUGAGAAGAGGAGAGCCAAGAAAUUCUUCGAGUUCUUGCAAGGGUGGAAGGAUGACGAUCCAGCUACACACCAAGGUAUCGAUCUGGACAGGGACAGUAUGAAGACAGUGUAUGAGAAGUUUGGCCUGGAGCCUGGAACCCAAGAUUUCAUUGGCCAUGCCAUGGCGUUGUACCUGGACGACGACUAUAUUACGAAACCUGCGCGGCCUACAUACGAUCGCAUCGUUCUCUAUACUUCGUCAAUGGCUCGCUACGGCAAAUCGCCGUACAUUUACCCGCUUUACGGUUUGGGCGAGCUUCCACAGUCGUUCGCCCGGUUAUCAGCUAUCUAUGGCGGUACCUAUAUGCUGGACAAGCCGAUCGAUGAAAUUGUCACAGAUUCGGAUGGCAAAUUUGUCGGAGUUCGCAGUGGCCCUGACACCGUCAAGGCCAAGCAGGUCAUCGGCGAUCCCAGUUAUUUCGGUGCCGGUAAAGCGAGCGAAGGCGGCAAGGUACGCGUCCUUGAAGAGGGAAAGGUAGUUCGGGCUAUUUGUGUCCUGAAGCAUCCGAUCCCUGGGACGGAGGACGCAGACAGCUGCCAGAUCAUCAUUCCGCAGAACCAAGUUGGACGGCGCAAUGACAUCUAUAUUGCUAUGGUCUCUUCAACUCACAACGUCUGCGCUAAGGACGUGUACAUCGCCAUCGUGAGCACCAUCGUUGAGACAGACAAACCCGAGCAGGAGAUCGCUCCGGCUCUGCAGCUCCUUGGAGGGGUUUAUGACAAAUUUGUCUCUGUAACAUCGCUGUACACGCCAACAUCAACGGGAGAGGGUGACAACAUUUUCAUCACUCGCUCCUAUGAUGCGACUUCCCACUUCGAGACCGUGGUUGAUGACGUCCACAACGUUUGGAAGAGAGUUACGGGCAAAGACCUUGUUCUGAAGAAGAGAGAGGUCGAAGUAGAGCAGUAG